AUGAAGAGGACUAGCCUGCUGCUGGCGAUCGCGCUCCUUAUACGGGAUGCAUCAUGCGAGCCACCAGUAGACUCAGCGUCAUUGCCUCUAGAGCAUCGGGCAGGUGGUGCUUAUGGACCUCCUCUCCCGCAAUCGCACAGCGACGACCCCUGGCCUCUAGCUACACCUGACAGCCCCAAAAUAAAACAUCUGCAAGUGCAAUGUGAAAAAACACAUAUGCGGGUCAACAUCGAAUUCGACCGCCCAUUUUACGGUAUGAUAUUUUCUAAGGGAUUCUACAGCGACCCCCACUGCAUGCACCUCAAGCCUGGUACCGGACAUUUGAGUGCUACUUUCGAAAUAUUUUUAAACAGUUGCGGCAUGUCGAGUUCCGCCAAUCACAAUGUAGCAACGUACGGUAGCCCUACCCCCAGUGGUUCGUACGUUGAGAAUACUAUUAUUGUGCAGUACGACCCAUACGUGCAGGAAGUUUGGGAUCAAGCGAGAAAACUGCGUUGCACGUGGUACGACUUCUAUGAAAAGGCAGUAACAUUCAGGCCUUUCCAAGUCGACAUGUUGCACGCUGUCACGGCCAAUUUUCUCGGCGACAAUCUACAAUGUUGGAUGCAAAUCCAAGUCGGGAAAGGGCCAUGGGCUUCAGAAGUAUCUGGUAUAGUGAAAAUUGGACAAACCAUGACAAUGGUACUUGCUAUUAAAGAUGAUGAGAACAAAUUCGACAUGCUUGUCCGCAACUGUGUAGCUCAUGACGGUAAAAGAGCGCCCAUACAACUUGUAGAUCAGUAUGGUUGUGUUGUCCGGCCGAAGAUAAUGAGUAAAUUUCAAAAAAUAAAGAACUUUGGGCCCUCCGCCUCCGUCGUUUCGUUCGCUUACUUCCAAGCCUUUAAGUUCCCUGAUUCGAUGAACGUUCAUUUCCAAUGCGUAAUACAAGUCUGCAGGUAUAAUUGUCCCGAACCGAAAUGCGGACUCGGCGCCGACUAUGGUGUUCCCUUGCUUGGCGGUAACGCCCUGAGCGCCGGUGAAUAUGGCUUGCCGAAUGCGCCUCAUGCGGAAUACGGACCACCACCGUCAGCACCACACAGCGAAUACGGAGUACCACCCGCAGCUUUCCCUGACCCGAGACACCCUGCUGACUCUACUGGGGCCUUCUCAGACAAACGCGACGACGCCGUGCCUCCUCCGCAGGCGCAAGUGUCAUCCACACCAAACGCACCCAGUCCCUCUUCACCAGCACCCAAUAGAGAGGACGACGAGGUGAAUCUCCCUCCACCACCGCCACCCGGCCGCCGCGGCGUUUACAACACAGUCAAGAGGAAAGACGAGGGCCACGGCAAUCUUGCAACGUUAGGUGGACGGCCUAGAUCUGUAGAAGAUUUGCCCGAAAGAUUAGUUGGCGUGAGGAGGCGGCGAGAGACCUCCCCGGUGCGGAUCUAUAAGCGUGACGCGCAGGAGAUGACGGACGUGAACACGAGCCGGACCAUUCAGGUGGUGGCGCCGGGCGACGUGAACUUUGCGUUGAACAACGCCCAGUCCAACGAGACGGUGGUGAUCCAAUCGCCGGCGACGGACCCCGAGACGAUUUGCAUGUCGGUGCCGUCGUUCGUGGCGGGACUGGUGAUGCUGCUUCUAGUGCUGGUGGUGGCCUCGCUGGUGGCGGCGUUCCUGUUCGUGCGCGUGCGAGCGCUCGACAGGAAGGGGAGCGCACGGUGGCACCGCCUACUUCGAAACGGAUUACGUGAAGCAUACGAAUUAGCGGGGCUAACGUGUGACGCGGGGACGUUCCAUAAACUCUUCUCGGAUCCAAAGAGCGUGCGGGCUUCGGCCCCGGCCGGGCGGCGCGACGCUGCCGCGGUCGCGAUCGAAUCGCGCUUGCGUGCGAGUUAUUUAUUUAGUUAUUUAAAGAGUGUGAUGUAUAAGUUCGACUGCUUUUUUUUG